AAUCAAACAGGUUACCGACGUUGUACAGUACGUGUUUGUAGAGAUUUCACCUCGCUUCUUUCGUUAAACAAACACAAUUGAAAGUAAGCAAAUGGCUAGAAUGCUGAGCAAGGAUCUUCUGGAUAUCGAGUGUAUACUGGCCCUGAACCCCAGGGUGAAGAGCCACGCGUCGCUCCGCUCCACGGCCGCCAAGCAGGCGGAGAAGAAGCACUGGAAGAGGAACCCGGAGAAGGGCUGUGACAGCUGUGUGAAGCUGGAGAACAAUUUUGAUGACAUCAAACACACAACUCUGAGCGAGCGCGGGGCUCUUCGAGAAGCUACGAGGUAA